UAGUGUUUUGGGGCUAACCGCCCGCAGAAACUCGCCUUUAAUUGAACUAAUCUGCUUUGUUUUUAAGUGGUGCUGCUCCAGGUCAGCUCUAGCAUUUUCCAACAUGUCUCUGCGGAGUUCAGGUACGUGUUGCGCCGUCCGCGGCUGUCAUAACAACCAGGCGAGGCUGAACCUGUGGCUGGAGCAGGAGUGUUAUGAACACGCUCCCAGCACCAAGAGGCACUGUUCCUGCGAGCAGCGGUACCGUUUCUACCGCCUCCCGAAAGACGAGGAGGCCAGAACAGCGUGGCUGCAAAACCUCAACCUGAAGAAACCACCCAAAACUUUGUAUGUGUGCUCGUUUCAUUUUGUGGACAAAAAGCCAACAGAGGAACACCCGCAUCCGACUCAGUGGCUGGGGGAAGAAAAACCACCAAAGAAGAAGAAGAAGAAGAAACGUCGGGCCCUGAAAAGCAUCGACAACAGCACCACGACAGCAGAUACGCAUGGCGGGACAGAUCAGGAUGAGGAGGAGAACUCGAAGUCCAAGCCGACCCGUGAUGCCCAAACGCAGUGGUCAGAUGUGAGGAUGGAGGACCACAACUAUUCCAAGGGACCUACCAUCACGUGUAGAAUGAGCACGCUGCACCCCGUCGCGUGCGGCAUUCUGCAGAAUGACGCAGACUCUCUCUUGUAUACGGGGAUUACACUCAUUGAGUUUCAGACCCUCGUAUCCUUGCUGCAACCCUUCGCCCCUACCUCAUUAUCAACGCCUGUUGUGGACCAAAUCCUGAUGACCCUCAUGAAACUAAGACAGAACUUUGACAUGGCUGAUUUAGCACGACGCUUUAAAACGUUAGUGACUGAGGUCAGGAUGACUGUUGGAGUGUGGAUAGACAUAAUGUGCGAGCACAUCAAGGAUCUGGUGGUGUGGUUGCCUCGUGAAACAAUCAAAGCCACGCUGCCGAAAGCUUUUAAAGGACCCUUUUCAAACACAACCUGUGUGAUCGGCUGCACUGAGGCCGUCGUGCAGAAAACCAGAAACCGAGACCCCAGGAGCGAAUCGUACAGUCACUACCUCGCCAACAGCACUGUGAAAUAUUUAAUGGCAAUUUCUCCCUGCGGAAUCAUCAUGUUCAUUUCGAGUGUGUAUGAUGACAAAUGCGGCGACAAGUACAUGGUGCAGACCUCGGGUUUGCUGGACUAUUUGCGCCCUGGAGAUGAGGUGAUGAUGGACGAACGCGGUUUCGAACUCGGGGACCUGCUGGAGAAGCGAUGGAUUAAAUUAAUCUUGCCUGCAUUCACACCAUUAGGACCCCAGCGGACCAAUGAGGACGCCGCUCACAGACGGCGCAUUGCUCAAGCCAGCGUUCAUGUGGAACGGGCGGAGAGGCGUCUGAAGGUGUACAAGAUUCUCUCUCAAACUGUGCCGAUUAAGCUGGUCCCAAAAAUGGAUCAAAUUCUCAAGAUCUGUGCUGGCUUAGUGAAUUUGAGAGGCUAGCUGAUUUCAGAGAUUAGACAUUUAUUGUUGCACUUUAAGGUCCAGUGUGCAGGAUUUAGGGAGAUCAUGUAUCGGCAAUAAUGAAACAUUCUCGUCUCCGACAUGCCAAACAACAUAGCAGAAACACUAAUUUGUCAUUUAAAACUGCUUUAUUCAGUGUCUUUACCAUUUUUUAAUCACUGAUGUGUACGCACAAAAUCCACGUGUUCACCUUUUCCUGCACAUAAACUGCUAUUUGUAAAGGAGGAAUGUGUGGUGAAAGUGUGCUCACCUCGCGCAUUCGUCAGAGCUUUAGCUUAGAUUGCUAUGGUUGACAUGAAAAUAAGAUUCAAUUUAAGUUGGGAGACACAUAUUAUGUUAUAUAUGAGAGAUAUAAUAUUAUAAGGUUGUUUGCCAAUUUUACUGAUUGUUUUAUUGUUUUUGCAGCUCACACGGUGUCCUGUAAAAUGUCAAUCACAUUUAAAGUUAAUCUUAGAUUGUUUACGAGUGGUACAUUUCAGCAUUGUUUUUAUUUACAUUUAUCUCCCUGUCAGUGAUUGUUUAAUAUAUCAUGUGGAGCAUUUUGUAAAGUUGGUUUCCACAUGAGCGGAAUACAUAAAUCACUCAGUGCAUUUACAUGCACAGUUAAGUGGAGCUGCAGUUAUAGUUAGGACAUUUAAUUGGACUGCAGUCCUUGUCCCAGUAAACAAGCAGCGGGGGGGAAUCCAUUCAUUGACAUAAGAAUGUCUGAGUCCUCCACAGCAGGUGGAGAUAUGCCUCUUUCAGCUAGUUCAAUAAACCUAUAUUAUAGAUACAGUCUAUGAUAUAGACCCAAUUACAGUCAUAACUGUUUAUUUACAAUAACUUUGGGGUAGAAAACAGCCACGUCACAUACAUAAUCAAAUGGUGCUGGGCAAAGUCCAGAGCUACCAAAAAAUAAACAAUAUCGGUUUAUGUGUACACUAGAUUUACAGUACUAUCACAGCUUUAACUUUCCCUAAGACAGCCGGUACAGAUGAGGAUUUGAAGCUGUUAUUUCAAAAACGCCAGUCUCUGUUGAGAAAAACAUUUUACUCCACUGAACGGCAGAGUUUCUGCUUUACCGCUGCCUCCGUCAGCUGUUGUGGAAGGUAAAGAGGAGCAAAUGUUCAAAAACAGAGAACACUUUAAUUGAUAUUGAUUGUUUUUCUUUUUCAAGUGGCUUAAGUAUGUUUUGCUGCGGCCUUGUCCACAGCAGUACAUCGCUUGACUUCCGUGCCGGUGUGGUGUGUGGUGACGAGGAGCCCGUGUAGAGUGCAGAGUCCGACUGAGGUGUGCACAUGAUGGAAGAAUCACAAUGGGAGGUGUGUUAGUCCAACUUCCAGAUAAUCUAUCUAGUCUGAUUUCAGUCGGACUAACGUGUGUACAUGUAUUUUAACAGUUCAGUUUUAGUUGGACUAACACAAUAAUUCAGAUGAUGAUCCUGAUGACUGAUCCUUCUGACAUUUAAUCAUACUGACGAGCGAGAUACCACCGUGACAGUGAUUUACAGAACUGUGAUGAAUUAGUGGUAAAGACGCUACAAAUAUCCACAGCCUGAAUGGUGGAGGGGCAAACAUGUCAACAUGCUAACAGAUGUUUAGUGGUGUUUUUGUGUCCAUUUAUGUCGAACUGAGUGCACGGACAUGAGGCUCAUGUCUGUGUUUCCAGCACUACAGUGAUCGAGAUUUAUAAAACAGAAUCGGGCGUACACAUGGCUUUAUUAAUCUGACAGAAAACAAUGCAAAUGCAUAUUUGUCCUUCUGCAAGAACACACAGUUUUAGUGGCGAAUCUACACAGUUUUCUGCAUCUGGCUGCUGGUCUGUUUUGGAAAGGGAGACACCUCUGUGGAUGAUUUGUCUCCUGGUUAAAACCUUGUGAACAGUGAAAACUAAAGGAAUUCUUACCAAGAGAAGUUUCAGCUGGUUGCAAUCUACUGUCUACUGCUCGAUGCUACUAAAUCUCCUGAAAUCUUGCACACUUUGGUUCCUUUACAAAUUAAGAUUUUUACACAUAAAACACCAUGGUUUGUUAUUAAACAAGUCAUCGAUAUAUAGGCCUACAGGUACAGCUGAAAUGAUUAGCCAGUAUAUCAAUAAGUUGAUAUAACUAUUUUGUUUCAGACAUGUAAAAAAAAAAAAGUCAUGUUUCUAGCUUCUUAAAUAUGAGGAUUUUUCUGUAUUGUUUACUUUUAAUACUUAAGGUAUAUUUUCCCGAUGAUACUUAAAUACUACUUUCACCACGAGUUGAAUGCCUUAAUAUGCCUUGGGGCAGUUUUAAAGGUUUUAUGUUUUUAAUAAAAGUGAAAAGAAAAAAUAAUAUGAACUAUUUUUUUUUCUUAAGUUUCUACUACCUUUAUGCAGUACUCUCUGUUUG